AUGACCCACCGCCGAACGCUGGAGCCACUUAAGGGCCUAGCACGGGCUGCCGGCCAAUGUGCCACUCAGGCCGAGCAAUACGGACAAUGUAUGCUAGCCAACUACCAAGAGAUUCGUCGUGAUGCAUGUGCAGCCGAAUUUCGUGCUUUCAAGGCAUGCGUAGAAAAACAGAUGGGUCGUCGCUGGUAA